AUGUCGUUCCACCCCCGAACCCCUCAAAGUCCUUCCCAGUUUUCUCCUGGCACUUCCGACCUCACGUCGAGUAUGAACAGCUCCGUUCAGUCCACAACCACGACUCUGCCAACUCCCGCACACAGCGUAAACGGCAGCGCAUCGCAGCCCUCCGAUAUGUCACAGGACAUCGUUAUGGGCGACGACUCGCCUCACAAGCGCAAGCGCCCACUCGAAGACUUGGGUGACCGAGAGCAGAAGAAAGUCCACAUCGAGGAUAGCAAAACUGGUAUCGAGGCACUCCACUUGGAUGUCGGAGAGAAAUACCUACUUUGCCAAACUCCACACCACGAGAGAUUGCCGCGUAUCACUGAAGAUCUCUUUGAGAUGUUCAACUUAACGGGCAUUGCUGCAGAGGUCGCUCGCGAGAAGCCCAACGGUGAGAAGAAUGCUCUGCGCAAGACCUAUAAGGGUCAGAUCAAGAAACUCGGAAUCCUCGGCCGCUUCGACUCUGUCGCCCAGGACUGGGACGCACCCAGAGAAAGGGAAGGUGACGGUGGCGACAAGAAGAGAGAGACAUAUCACGGCUUCCGAGAACUGCUGGAGAUCCCCGAUGCAGAGUUUUGGGGCACACGGAAAGACCCGAUCACUAACGGUCUGUCGGGUACCGUCAAGUCCAUUUUGAACAGAGCCACAACGAUGGCCAAGGGGCCAAUUCCUGCCAAGGACUGGGACAGCUCGGUGCUUGGAGAUCUUGCCCCCGGCAGUGUUGACGCCUUGAAACAGGGUCUUGCUGGCAAGGCAACGGCGCCUGGCACGCCGUCAGCAACCACACCCAACCCUUUCGCGCGGAAGCAGCAACAGGGACCUCCGGGUGCUGUCCGUCCUCAGCGAACCACGAAGAAGCGGGGCUAUGGCGAGAACACAUACGAGGGCUAUGGCGAAGGCUUCCCCGAUGAUGGCUACUCUACGGGAGACGGCGACGACAGGGGAGGCCAGAAGCGCCGAAAGAAGGUUGGUGACAGAUCGCCCAUGCCGUAUCUGUACAUGUCUGACCUGUUACAGGAUGGCGGUAAUGGCCAAGCGUUCCCGAACGCGAUGCGUCCGCAAGGCUAUGGGGCUGUGGGCGCUUAG